AAGUCAAAACAAGCUGACGGACAUGAGCGUGAAGGGAGAUGACAAUGGCUGCCACGUGUGUUUGGUCCUCGACGAAAAGUCGCAUGGUUUCAUUCAGGAAGACUCUCAGUUCCUAGUUGGAUAUAUUCAAAUCACUGAACUGAAGUUCUACAGGGAUCUCUGCCCACAUGACAAGCGAGACGACUGGUUCGAUAAAUUUAGCAGUAUGGAGGAUUACAAAGUGUAUACCUGAAUCUUCCAUCUUAGGUCUUCAGACGUUUAAUCGUUAAGAAUCCGUUUAUAGUUCUUUGUUUCGUUUAGCCUACUACAGUCUAAGAAGCAGUUGUAAUUACCUGAGUUUGCGUUUAACCAUUGAUAGCUUUCUUUUUAGGAUUUCACUGAUUGAAUUCACAAACAAUCUAAAACAAAGGGACCUAGCCGAAUAACUUGGAAACCAGUUACUAUAGUCACUAUGAAGAAAACACGAGUCUGUGAAGACAGUCAGAUUAAAGACUCCCAAUGUAGACAUGAAAACUGUAAAGUGCACUUAUAGUAAAGUACACACGAGCUUAGUUUCUCUGAUUCUGUAAUGGAAUUAUUGAUAAUAAAUGUGUGCAUCAAGAUUUCAUGAUUGAGACAUUGCUCCAAUUUUGGAUGGAGUUUUCUUGGUUGAAUACCAGCGACCUCUUUUUCCCGAGGUAGAUAUGAGGAAUGUAGUGAUGGAAGGAAAUGCAGCACAAUGCAAAGGUAAACUGAGCAGCGGUAGAUAUGUGCAUGAAAUUCCGUUUAUAUCUUCGCAGGAAUACAGCAUUACUCCCGUGCAGGUAAGAUGUUUUGCUGGUGGUAUGGUCUGACGUUUCUAGUGGUAGAUAAUGGAUUUAUAUUUAACAUCUUGGUAUAAUGUACUCCCAUCUCACAUGAAAUAGCUGUAAUUAUAAUUCUAACGUAGGCACCUGAUUUGGCAAAAAUCAAAGAGAAUGUUUUCAAAAUUACGCUCUUGAAAUUCUCUACCACACUGCUAUAAGGAUCUCUCUAUGAAUAGUAUCUUCCAGACGUAUCUCUCCCAAGCUCAGUCGUAAGCAUGUACAAACGUGAGAGACACAUUUUAAUGUCUAGCUGUGGAUAAUACCGUGUUCUACAACAGCCUGAAUCGUUUUCAAUCCCGCCAUAAAAGGAACAACUGUAAGGUUUGCAUCACCGCUAAUACUUCAAACAUAAUGCACAGCUACGUUUUGCUUAGGAUUAUUUGUAUUUUAAGGGUUAGUUCUUUCUGCUGCGGUUGCUGCAAGUGAUUCAAUGCACAAGGGAAUCCCUUGAAAGCCAUUUGUGCUAGCUUCUACUCUGAUGUUGCCUUAAAAAGCCCUGGUUACAAAACAAAUCAGAUUAAUAAACUAUGAGUCAUGGUGAAAAUGAAAACCUGUUUAAUAAUGAAUGAUUCAUAUGAUGGUAUAAAAUUUGUAUUAAAGAAACUGAACUAUGGAUUAGUAACAUCAAAUCCGUAAGCUUUCAUAUUCACCUUGAGGAGAACAAAACGUGACGAAAUGCAUCUUCCUACGUUUUACUACAGAAUAAGCAGGAAAAUAAGUUGCUCUACGAUGUUUGUUUAGAGUAUGCGCGCUGGUACAGCUCAAUUCCGACAAUGACGCUCAUUGUAAAGCAGGCACGAUGUCCAAUCAGGGGCAAACUUAUAAAUAAAUGGGUUAUUCCUAGAAACGAGAUUUUUCCGGGAAAACAUUGUAUACUCAUAAGGAAGGCAAACUUGAUUGACGUGUACGCCUUGCCUUGACGCUUGGAUGUAAAGAAGUUAUGUGAUUGGUUGACUUAGGAAGACCAUCACGGUGCGGACCGAGAUACUGGAUUUGAAGACCGAGUGAAAUGUUUCGUAAUCAUAACCAUCAAGUCUUUUAAUUUAACCCUAUCUUUCACAUUCCUUGCCUUGUUUCUGAAAACAUGUGUGCAUCCAGAGGAAAGAGGCCCUUUUACUUAAAUGAACAUAAACGACCAAAGAAAAAGAGGGAACCGUUUGAUCUCUUGCCCGCAAGUGAGAGAUUCGAGACAUUCAAGGUAGUCUUUGACUACUACACUCCUCGACCGCAUUUCAUCAUUGUGCCUCGCAAUAGUUCUGGCUCCAAAGCCCCAGGGGCAAAGCGUAAGAUAGUCAAGGAGGCAAUGGCGAUGGUCUCCUACUAUACUGAUCUGCAACAGUCGGCUAUUCUGUCUCUCCAUUGUGGUAACUGGGGAACUGACAAGAAGAAGACUCAUGCUCAUCUCUGUGUAGACGUGGAAGUCUAUCUCCGUAUAUAUGAUAGGAGGAAACGUAAAACUCCACACUGGUUCUUGGCACAUUACGUUAACAAAGAAUGGAGAGCGUGUGAUGAUGCCACGCACAGCAGUUACGUGGAAAAUGUUCGACAGUAUCCUUUCAAGACGUAUUUCAAGAAAGAGGUUGCAGCUGUCAGAAAUUACCGUAGAACAGAGGCGAGGACAAGUACAGUUGGUCCCUCGGCGAUCCCGUCUCCACCGUUCACCGCUAUUCUCUACCAUCCAAAGGAACCAAGAGUUGGUUUUGCUGUCAAGAAUUGUGUAACAGCAAGAAGCGCCGAGGCUCGCCUUGAAGCCCUAGAAGCCAUAAUCGGGUUUGCGAGCCAGUACAACCUCACCAACAGCCCGCAGUCAAGAAGCGACGAUGACGGAUGCCAUGUCUGUUUGGUUCUCGACGAACAGACACACGGUUUCGUUCUGGAAGACCGUGACUCCCAACUCAUUGUUGGGUACAUCCAGGUCACUGGACUGAAGUUCUACAGGGAUCUAUGCCCGCAUAACAAGCGAGACGCCUGGUUCGCUAAAUACAGCAGCAUGGAGGAUUAUAACGUAUCCACCUAAAUAGGAAGAGUUAAAGAAUUUCCGUGUAUCAAUGUGAGAUAAUUGUUAGUAAGUCGCUAGUCUUUGCCUUUGAAUCAGUUUGUAUUUACAACUGGUACCUAAGUAAAUAAAUUCACCGAGAACUGUGAGGUUUUUUUUACCACAGAAGCCACUGUUUUUAGCCAUAUCUUGAAGCUAAUUUUGUGAUUUUUAAUUCAUUUUCGUUGCUGUACACAUUGGCAAAAUAUUGAACCAAAUGCUGAAUUGUUUUCCGUAUUCAGAACUGACCUCAGGAGGGGUCUAAGUUAAAAAUGUAAACAUGAUUUAGCAAAUGAAAAGAAUUUAUUGAAUUUCAGGAUUUGUAAGAUAGCACAAGUGUCCACUUUUUGGAAAAAUCAAGCAUAAGUUAUCAGUUUCGAAAUAGAAUGAGUAAAGAUUGCUAAGUUUUCCUGUAAACAAAGAAAUCCUGAAAAAGUAGCUUUGUUUUUACUAGGUGUUUGUUGAAAUAAAAAAUCUCUUAAUCAAUAAAACACGCCUUAAUUUUGAUUUUCGUCGUUCCAGUCUCGUUAUCCUUCUGAAGUUCAGUGGAGGAGAGAGGUACAACAUCGCAAUAAAUCAAAGGAAAAAAAACUACUCAAUAAAUUAAAAUGAAAAAGAUUUUUUAGUUGACAGAUUUUAAGACAAACAUCACUUUGUUCUUUAGAUAAAGCAAUUCCAGUGUUAUGAAUGGGUUAUACUGUUACAUCAUUGAACCUUGUACACAGAUCUCCCACGGCUAGAAAUGGAACUGGGCACGAGACUAUACCCAUUGUAAAGACAAAUACUAAUACCACUUUAUUACUUUUUUAAAAAAAAAAUUAGUUGUAGUGGCGCGACAUGGAUGGUUAUGUCAUUUUACCCUCCUACACAGAUCUCUCUCGGCAACAUCGAGCUAAAAGUGGAACUGGGUACGAACCUAUUCCCACUGGCCUUACCAACCUCGUUCCCAGGGCCUCUCACUUUUCUGCCCUCCCGGGCUGGAGCGAGAGAGGAGGGCGGGAAGAUAAGAAACCUUGGGAACGAGAAUGUGGCCUUCCUGGGCACCAGCUUCGCUCGGCUAUGAAGGUCGAAACAGCUGCCCUGAGCAGUUGUUUCUGUUAUCUCCUUUCUUGUCGGUGUUUUAAAACUAUUGCCAAACAAAGAUCAUAAAUGACUUUUACUGUCUUUUGAGCGAGGCCGUAUUUUACCCGUAAGCUUCGUGACCACUUAUCACCCUCUCGUGGUUUGCGUCAUCAACAAGUUAAAAUAAUAUCAAUAUGGAACCUUGUUAUCAGGUUAUCAACUGGGAGAUGAAAAGUUUGUUUUACGGCAAGUUUAAUCCGCUCAAUAUAAUAAGACCAGAUCAAGAAAUAAGUUCUUAUGCUAAUUGACAAUCUAGAUAUAAUCAGUGUAUAAUAUCUUAAAAGAUGUUUAAUGUGUUCAAUUCAACCUGCAUUACACGGUUUUUAGCUUCAAAAUAUUCUGUAACCGCGGAAUUCAAUUGAAAACAAUAACUUUAAUUGUUAAGUAAGCGAAGGGACAUAAUUUACAUUAAUGAUGUGUAAACGUAACGCAAGUAUUCGCUUUAGAACGUGCUAAAACGCGUGAGUAACUCGGUGUUAUGACUAACAUUGUGUACCAAUUAGGAAACACAGAUUCAAAAUAACUGGGGAUUCAGAAAGGAAGUCUGUUUUCUUGAAAAGAGUUGAAUGGUAGUUCGCAUCUUGUUGUUAAACAUCAGCGGCAGGGUAUUCAAAUUUUAUUUAACAUCACUGUUGUUGUCAGUCAACUGAUGUACAAAAGAUGACAUUGUCAUGUAAAGUCAAGUCUUUUUCAGACCUCAGUUGUAAUAUUUUAUUACUCUUUUGGCCACACUUGCUCCCGCUGGCAACGACCAAUGUUUUUGAGAUUUGCCAACCAUAUCACCUUUCAUUAAUGGAAAAUCUGUCCAAGUUACAGUUUCGCCGGUCUUGAGAAACAACACACCUUCUGCAAUGGAGUUUCAGCAGCAACACCCAAACACUGAGUGGUCAUCUUACGACGAAGAAUUUAAGAAAUUGUCUUUUACAUCGCUGACAGAUCUGGAAUUGGACGCGUUGAACAGUCUAGACGAGAGCAUACGAUGUCACGAGACGACCGACAUUGAGGACGUGCAAUUUAACAAGAGGUUACAAAAUAAAGUCGAGCAGUUAGAGCGACGGAAUACCGUGACCUUUCAGAAAUCAUCGAAGCAAGCCACUGAUUCAACCAAGGCAAGUAAUCCUCGAAAGUUAAACACUGGAUAUAUUCUCUUCGACGGAGCUGAAAUUAAAUAUAUUUCGACUGACGAAUCAGAACCUGAACUGCUUCCGAAGCCCUCCGAACAAGCCUGUGUCGAUGGAAGUUUCCGAAGCGGGACUUCUGAGAGUUCAACGCGCAUUUCAGAACUUCCCUCUCAUUUGAAUUUGAGCUCCGAUGACUUAAUUAUGAGAGACUCUUUUAAGGACACGAUUUCUCGGAUUUCCCUGACUCCACACAAGAGACUGCCGACAUAUGUUCAUUUUUCUACAAUGCAAAAAGUUUACUUGUUCUUCGUUGGUGCGGUGCCCGUUUUGGCAGUGAACGCUUUCUAUAUCAGCACUGCGUUUUUCCUUCCAAUCCUAGGAAAGCGGAGUUUGUCCGAAAUAGGAAUUUGCUACCAUGUUCCAUUUCUUGUCUCCCUGUUGCUAAUAUUCUGCGGUAAAAAACACUGGGUUCCAUUCCUCCCCACCGUUCCGAUCUGCUUCGUUUUGAUGGCCGUUUCUGUCGCCGUCCUCCCUUCCUUUGCGGCAGCUGGCUUAACGCUGUCCAUCUUUCCCAUAUAUGGUGUGAUAAUCGUUAAUGGACUUUGUGCUGGUCUCAGUCAAUCACUAGUCAGUCGAAUGGUUGUGCUAUUUCCGGGAGGAAAAAGCAGUUUGCUGAUACGCUGCGGUGAAUGUAUUGGCUCGCUCUUUCCAGCAAUGGUCCAAAUCAUUCUUAUUCUGUCAAUGGGUCUGCACUCGACCGAACCACAACUGACUGAAUACAACACACUAUGCCUUAACGUCUUGUUCGGCGUUGUGUUUCUUGGAAUCGUAAUCGGAUUCGUUUCACUUAUCAAACUCAGUAAAUCUGGAAUAUACGCAUUAUUUGCUGGGCGAGACUGCAUUGCUCACAGUCCAAAGAACAUAACACUGGGUUCUGUACCAGAAACAGCGAAAAGACGAUAUCACACUAUUAAAUGGUAUUUAGUCGUAGAGUUCUCAUUGUCUCUCGUCAGUUACUUUGUGUUGUCGCUUGCAGCGUUCAUUCAUGAAGCAACUUUACAAAGCUCACACUCAAGCACUGUGCCAUUUUGGAAAGUCUACCUCGCUACAGUUUUAAUCGCUCUUUUCAGAGUCGGAGACAUUUUCGGAAGAAUUCUAUCAAGCCGCUGCUGUAGUGGACAGCAAACAGUUAACAAUGACGUAGCAAUGUUCGUUUAUUUGUCAGCCUCGAUUCUUCGCCUCGGCUUUGUCCUCGCUGCAGUUUUUUUCACACGCACGCCGUUCUUGGUUUACCACAAUGUGUUUAUGAUGGGUUUUUACUUCGUGCUGGCUUUUACAAAUGGCUUUCUUUCCGUUGCCAUGACAUCAAGAUGUCAAUCAUUGAUUAGGGUACAGAGGAAUGACACGUGUCCCAUUGUCUCGCAGUUUAUCUGGUUUGCUGGACUGUUUGGAGCAACCGUCGGUAUCGCUUUAUCAUUCGUACAGUUGACUAUAUGAUGUGAACCACUCGAGAUCUCGUCUGAAUUCACUGAAACCCUUAACGUAUUAUUUAGCUAAUAACCUAUUGGAGCUCGCUAAUGA